AUUAGCAUUGGCAGCGACUCGACCGGUUGCGAGUGUGCUCGCAUUGAAUCCGAAACGAAGGACAGAUGCACACACUGAUAACAGCAAUUAACGCCUGAUCAACAAAGUAUUCGUACUGUGAUCGAUCAAGCAAACACGGAGAAAAAUAUUCAAACCAGCGAUGAAUGACGAGGUAGUCAGGCUUUCAUUGCGCCGACCGUAUGAGACUAGUCAUGAGUUACAUAGUAGCCAGCUGGUGCGAUGGCGGAAAGAGACUUAUUGAUCGAGAGUCGGGAAAAACAAUAUUGCCGAGACUGAUGUGGGGAAAAUUAACUGACUUUACACGUGGUACCAAGAAAACGAGGGCGGCGAGAGGCCGUCAUUGCCAAGGACUCGGUCAUCUCGCUCGAGUUGAUGCGAUGGCAUCGGAAUUAUAUACCAGCGAUAGUGGAUCCCCCAACUUGUGGGUUGUCGACAGUGCAGGUAGAUGCUCAAGUGCACACACUUGCACGUCGCGCCGCUCUAAGUUAUCCCUUCGAUCAUCCUUACUUACCCCUUCAAAUCCCCAGCAAAUAAAUUCAUUCCAUACUUGCUAUCGACCAAAGAAGCCUGUGGCCCCAUCCAAGAAUACACAAGAUGAGACCGCUGAAGUACAUGGUCGAUCGAACCUUGGGCGGGUCCGCUUGACAGAACAGGAUGCGCAGACUCUUGAGCCUAUUUCCCGUUCGUUCUCAUCAGCAUUCCCAUGACCCCAUCUCCAGUCUUCGCAACAAAGUAGGAACGUGUUUUUGAUAGGGUGGAAAUAUUUGCAAAUCGCGCGUUGGGCUUGCGUCUGUUGUUUUUUAUACAUCUCAGUGGAGGCAAACACCUUAGCCUUAGUUCCCAUGCAGUCCGAUU